AUGACUCAAGAACACCCCGCGUCCACCAACACCCCGCUCUACUUGACCGGAAACCAGGCCGGUCUGCGCGAGUUCUUGGAUAAGUUUGAUGUCUUCCUGUUCGACUGCGAUGGUGUCCUAUGGUCUGGAGACCACUGCUUCCCCGGCACAGUCGAAACCCUAGAAUUGCUACGAAAGAAUGGCAAGCAAGUUGUCUUCGUCACGAAUAACAGCACCAAGUCGCGCGCCGAUUAUCGCAAGAAGCUAGAGGGCCUCGGAAUUCCAAGCACUGUUGAAGAGAUCUUCUCGUCUUCAUACAGCUCCUCGAUAUACAUUUCCCGCAUCCUACAACUCCCCGAGAACAAGCGCAAAGUCUACGUGAUCGGUGAAUCUGGCAUUGAACAAGAACUCCGCUCCGAGAACGUCCCUUUCAUCGGUGGAACCGACCCCGCAUACCGUCGCGACAUCGAGCCCGAGGACUACAAGCGUGUCGCGGCAGGCGAUACUUCCCUUCUGGACCCAGAAGUCGGUGUCGUCCUCGUCGGUUUGGAUUUCCAUCUAAACUAUCUCAAGCUUGCUCUGGCAUACCACUACGUGAAGCGGGGUGCUAUCUUCCUCGCAACGAACAUUGAUUCCACGCUGCCUAAUUCCGGGACUCUCUUCCCCGGUGCGGGAUCUAUGAGUGCUCCUCUCAUUAUGAUGCUUGGACAGGAUCCCGUUGCACUUGGAAAACCCAGCCAGGCAAUGAUGGAUGCGAUUGAGGGUAAAUUCAAGUUCGAUCGCAGCCGCGCGUGCAUGGUUGGUGACCGGGCCAAUACCGAUAUCCGCUUUGGUUUGGAGGGUAACCUCGGUGGUACACUGGGUGUUCUCACGGGUGUGAGCUCUAAGGAAGACUUUGUCUCGGGUCCUGUUCGGCCUCUAGCAUACCUUGAUAAACUCUCGGAUUUGCUUGCCGUGGAGCAGCAGUAA